UUGAUAUUAAUUAAAACAAGUUUUUUUUAGUUUCAAUUACAGUGGGGAUCGCACAACGCGGAUUUGGUUUUGCCGAUAUACGUUGUUGCCGGAUUCGUUCUUGCUGGAAAACCGCAAUAAACGAGACACAGAGCAUAUGAGAUUUCGACUGAUUGGGCUGUGAACGGUUAUCUCGCUUCGGUCGACAGAUAGAGCCACACAAUCUUCGGAAAACUUCUUGCUUAGACCAACAGUUUAGUGUAGUUUGACAGACAAUUAGUUGAGAACUGUUUCGCCAGGGGCGCUUUGAGAAAUGCAUGAUAUAAAUCAUUCGCUUAACUCAGACGCAAAUUUCGCAAAUUAUAGCAUUUUGAAGAAUGCGGGAGUAAAUAUUUUAUCUCGGAAUCUCUCCAUCAGAUGUAGUUAGUGUGCUUGAAUUCACAUUUUAAUUAUCAGAAUUAAGCUCUGUUGAGGGCAACACCACGGAGACCGAAUGAUGCUUUGUGCAACACGACGCCGAAGAAGGAUGGUAAACGUCAACAGGAAGAAAGCGGAAAGAAAGAGAAGUAAGGAAACGUAAGGUUGAAUAAUCAAUGUGUUAAAACUCUGAAGAUAGAAGCAAGGUGAAAUUUAUCGAAUAAAAGUUAAUUUAGUAGUACAAGUUGUGGUGAGGAUAGAAAUUCUAGAAGGAGAAAAGAGUGAUAGUUUGGAUACGUGAAAGGAUUACAGAAACCUUAACCUAUUAUCACAGACAGUUAUCACAUGUGGUUAACUUAGAAUAAAACGUGCGAAAUUAACAACUACUGAGAAGUAACAUACAGUUCAGUAUAAUUUGCGGGUGAAUCUGCAGGAGGAAAGUUGGAAGAAAUGUAGAACACCAAUAAUUGUGAGUAAUUUUAUUCCUUUGUGAACUGAAUGCAAUCAAUGAAAAUUCAUAAUAAACCAAUUUUUAGCUUUGAUCUGCUAUAUAGAAAGCUGAUACGAAGAGUGUUUUCAUUCCACUCCGAACACAAAUCAAAGAAUUAUUGUUCGGAUAACCUCAAAGGAUUAUGGACACCUCGACGGAAAAAAACUGUAUGCUUUGUCAAGAGCCGGAUAGUGCAGACGACAUGGUGCAAUGUGAUGCUUGCAGUAUGUGGGCUCACUACCGAUGCGCUGGGGUCACAGCUGAAAUAGAAGAUCAACCUUGGAGUUGCGUUAAGUGUUGCAACCAAUUGCGUUUGCCCAAAUCUGUAAAAAAAGGAUCUAAGAAAGCUGGAGAGAAAAAAGGAACCGCAAGCAAGAGCGACUGCAGUUCGAUACACAGUAACAUAUCGGCACUAGACACUGCCUUGAAGCUGCUAGAAGAAGAACAGCAAGAGAAAGAACAGGAACUAGAAAAUCAACGCAUUUUACAUGAGAGGAGGUUAGAAAUGAAACGAGCAAUAGAGGAAAAGAAAUUGAUACAAGAAAAGGAACUACGCGAACGAGAAUUGCAGCAGGAACGGGAAAUAAGGGAAUAUCGGCUAACCCAAGAGCGAAAGCAUCUACAAAUGCGAUUAGCAGAAGAAGCGAAAUAUGUUGAAAGGAGACAAGCUUUACAACAAAAAUUCGUGGAGAAGCUGAAUAUCGUAAAGGAAUCUAAUAUUAAUGCGAUUAGCAGAAGAAGCGAAAUAUGUUGAAAGGAGACAAGCUUUACAACAAAAAUUCGUGGAGAAGCUGAAUA